AUGGCUGUCCUGGGACUGGAGGUGUCCUGGGACUGGAGUGGUCUUGGGACAGUGGUUGUCUUGGGACAGUGGUUGUCCUGGGACUGUGGUUGUCCUGGGACUGAAGGUGUCCUGGGACUAUGGCUGUCCUGGGACUAUGGCUGUCCUGGGACUAUGGCUGUCCUGGGACUGGAGUGGUCCUGGGACUGGAGCUGUCCUGGGACUAUGGCUGUCCUGGGACUAUGGCUGUCCUGGGACUAUGGCUGUCCUGGGACUAUGGCUGUCCUGGGACUGGAGCUGUCCUGGGACUGGAGCUGUCCUGGGGCUAUGGCUGUCCUGGGACUAUGGCUGUCCUGGGACUGGAGCUGUCCUGGGACUGGAGCGGUCCUGGGACUAUGGCUGUCCUGGGACUAUGGCUGUCCUGGGACUGGUGUGGUCCUGGGACUGGUGUGGUCCUGA